AUGGCGUCUUCAAUCAGCAUCCCCCAGUCCACCCCUGCCCCCCACGCCGUCGCAGUCUCCCCCUCCAGUCCCUCCAUCCACGACAGAAUGGCCGCCUCCGUCGCUCGCCGCGACUCCCUCGUCUCCUCAGCCGUGCGCAUACCCAAGGUCCUCCAUCCGGUAGACAACGAGGAUCUCAAGCUUCUUCUCCUCGAAAAUAUCAGCCAGGAAGCCGUCAAAACAUUCCGCGCACAGGGGUUCUCGGUCGACCACUACUCCAAGGCCAUGUCCGAGGACGAGCUCGUGGAGAAGCUCCCCUCAUACCAUGCCAUUGGCAUCCGGAGCAAGACGAAGAUCACCGAGCGAGUCAUAAAAGCAGCCUCGAAACUCCUUGUCAUCGGCUGCUUCUGUAUUGGGACCAACCAAGUCGAUCUUGCUACCGCAGCAAAGGCCGGUAUCCCUGUGUUCAAUUCGCCCUUCUCCAAUUCGCGCUCUGUCGCAGAGCUCGUCAUCUCCGAAGUCAUCGCUCUCUCCAGACAAUAUUUUGAAAGAGCCUCCGAGAUGCGCCAGGGUAUCUGGAACAAGCAGUCAAAGGGGUGCUGGGAGGUCCGUGGAAAGACCUUGGGCAUAGUUGGAUACGGCCACAUCGGCUCCCAGCUCUCUGUCCUUGCGGAAGCGCUCGGCAUGCGCGUCCUGUUCUUUGAUGUCGUCACCAUCAUGCCCCUCGGCUCCGCACGACAAGUCGACAACUUGAACGCCCUGCUCAACGACUCUGACUUUGUCACGCUCCAUGUCCCUGAACUCCCCGAGACGACAAACAUGAUCUCUAGAGAGCAGCUCGCGCAGAUGAAGAAGGGUUCGUACCUCGUGAAUAAUGCGCGGGGGAGAGUGGUGGACAUUCCAGCCCUAGCCGACGCGUUGAAAUCGGGUCAUCUUGCUGGAUGUGCCCUGGAUGUGUAUCCUGUCGAGCCUGGAGCCAACGGUUCGCCGUUCGACGACCAGCUUAACUCCUGGGCAAGCACUCUUCGUUCUAUUCCGAACGUCAUCCUGACGCCCCAUAUCGGCGGGUCGACCGAGGAGGCUCAACGCAUGAUUGGAGAGGAGGUGUCGGCUUCUGUCGCCCGUUAUCUCAAUUACGGCUCCACUGUGGGCUCUGUCAACUUCCCAGAAGUCGAUCUACGGGCGAUCAGCGCAGAACAACAACAGGGGGUCAGGCUAUGUCACGUCCACAACAACAUCCCCGGUGUGCUGCGACAGGUGAAUGAGAUCCUCUCGCCGUACAAUGUGGAGAAACAAUACUCCGACUCGAAGGGCGAUGUGGCUUAUCUCAUGGCGGAUAUUGCGGAUGUCAGUCCGAGCGAUGUGAACAAGCUGCAGGAGCUCAUAAGCAGAACGCGGGCGAACAUACUUACGCGACUCUUGGUGUAG